CCCCACCGGCGUGACGUCACAUAUCGUGGGCGGGGCCUGGCCCUGGUCUCCGGGCCCGCGGGGCACGGGCCGCUCCGUGGACGCCGCGCGUGGGGUAGCCGAGGGGCCGCCGCGGCCGGAGCGGUGCCUGCCAGACCUAGCUGUGCUCAGGGCUUACUCCUAGCUCUGAGCCUCAGAAGUCAUUCCUGAUGGUGCUCUGCUCAGGGGACCAUACAGCAUACCAGGGAUCGAACCCAGGUCCGUUGUGUGCAAGCACCAGCAGCUCCCGCCUCCGCUGACGGAGCCAUGAGGAGAGUCCCCACGAGCGGAAACCUGAGGAUGACGAAGGUGGCCUACCCGCUGGGCCUCUUCGUGUGCCUGUUUAUCUACAUGGUCUACAUCAAGUGGCACUGGGCCUCUGCCACGCAGGCCUUCCUCAGCCUCACCGAGGCCGCCACGGGAGCCCGGCGGGCCCAGCAGACCCGCGGCCCCUCUGGGGUGGCCCCCCGCGGCCAAGAGGUCUUCUACGGCAUCAUGCUGGACGCGGGGAGCACCGGCACGCGAGUGCACAUCUUCCACUUCUCCCGCCGGCCCGGAGAAACUCCCACCUUGACCCAUGAAACCUUCAAAGCACUGAAACCUGGCCUCUCUGCUUACGCUGACGAUGUGGAAAAGAGCAGCCAGGGGAUCCAGGAGCUGCUCGAUGUCGCCAAGCAGGACAUCCCCUUUGACUCCUGGGGGGCUACGCCGCUGGUCCUCAAGGCCACUGCUGGGUUGCGCCUUCUGCCAGGAGAAAAGGCUCAGAAGUUACUGCAGAAGGUGGAAGAAGUGUUCCGAGCAUCCCCGUUCCUGGUCGGGGACGACUGUGUUUCCAUCAUGAACGGUACAGAUGAAGGCGUCUCUGCAUGGAUCACUGUCAACUUCCUCACAGGAUCCCUGCGAGGCCCCGGCCGGCACAGUGCGGGCAUGCUGGACUUGGGCGGAGGGUCCACGCAGAUCACCUUCCUCCCGAGGAUGGAGAGCACACUUCAGAACUCGCCCCCGGGCUACCUGACGUCCCUCCAGAUGUUCAACAGAACCUACACGCUCUACUCGUACAGCUACCUGGGCCUGGGGCUGAUGUCCGCACGGCUGGCGAUCCUGGGUGGCGUGGAGGGGAAGGCGGCCGAGGAUGGAAAGGAACUGGUCAGCCCUUGUUUGUCUCCCGGUUUCAGUGGAGAGUGGGAACACGCGGAAGUGGUGUACCGAAUCUCAGGACCGGCAGCAGGUACCACAGCUGCGAGCCUCCACGAGCUGUGUGCCAGCAGAGUGUCUGCAGUCCUUCGAGACAGAGUGCACAGAACGGACGAGGUGAAGGACGUGGAGUUUUAUGCGUUUUCCUACUAUUACGACCUUGCAGCAAAUGUUGGCCUCAUAGACGCUGAGAAAGGAGGGACUCUCCUCGUCGGGGACUUUGAGGUCGCGGCCAAGUACGUGUGCCGAACAGCGGAGACCCGGCCCCGGAGCAGCCCCUUCGCGUGCAUGGACCUCACCUACAUCAGCCUGCUGCUCCGAGGGCUCGGUUUCCCCGGGAGCAAGGCGCUGAAGCUGACGCGGAAAAUCGACGACGUGGAGACCAGCUGGGCUCUGGGGGCCAUUUUCCACUACAUCGACUCCCUGAGCAGGCGGCAGCGCCCGCACUCAUAGUGGCCCGUCUUGGGGAGAGCAGACCUCGCCGCUCCAGGGACUCUGGGGGAGCACGCCCCCCUACCCCCCCGCCCCAGCUGCAGUCACCGUACUGUGUGCCUGUGACAGGAGCCCUGUGCGUCUCCUCAUUGUGUUCCCCACCCUCCUCUCGGAAGCGACUCUGUGCGAGACUGUCCCUCCAGGACAGCGGUCUGCUUCUCCUGGGCGGGCAGGGCCAGCCAGACCGCAGCCUCGGAGAGGGCUCCCUGGGGAUGGGAAGAGGGCUGGGGGUGUGGCCGUGCCUGCUGAGCCCUGGGGUGCAGUGGCUGCCUCCCUAGGAAGUGCCCGCUGGGCUCGCCAGGGCUGCCCGCGUCCUGUGCCCAGUGCCCCAGUGAAUGUACAAAGAAUUGAACCGGCUGAGCCUCAUGUUCUGAAAUAAAGUGUUGACCAGG